AUGUCCACUACGGCAGUUAACCCCGAACCCAGCUGGCGAGUGGAGCCGAUUGUGAAGACCAAAGACCAGAAGUUCAACUUCGGUGCUUAUGUCUCAGGUUUAGAUCUAAGCGAGAUAUCGGAUGACGACGUCCUGAAAUUGAGAGAGGCUAUCUGUAGGCACAAAGUGAUCGUGUCACGGCAGCAUCCAAAGCUUCAAACAAAAGGAGGAAUUCUUUCCAAAGCUCGAGAUGUUUACGGUAUCCCUGGAGCUGAAAAUGUACGAUUGAUCGGCAAGGGAUAUCAGGGGGAGGAUCACUAUGGGUUGAAGAACCUCAAUGUUCGAGGUCUUUCAAACGACUUCCAUGAUAAGCCUUUGAACGAGGACGAAUUUGCGCAGGGUAUUACCCGAUUUCAAAGAUGGCAUAUUGACGCCCCAUUAUAUGCCCGAGACCCGGCAUGGUUUACCACCCUGCGAGCGAUCAAGGUACCAACGGGGCCAGAAGUGACGAUUAGAUGGGACGACGGAUCAGGUCUCGAAAUGAAAUGCCCGCCCGGGCUGACGGCCUUCUUCAGUACCUCUCAGCUAUACGAUAUGCUCAACCCCGAAGAACAGCAACUUGUCGACCACAGCUGGGUCGAAUACGCCCCCCAUCCAUACCUGUGGAUUGAAAACUGCAAGUCGCGUCCAACUGGCCUUGGUCUAUUGAGCCAGGGCAAAGAACACACCAUGGAGGAGAUUGGCGAAUACAAUGAAGAAGACGUUAAGCGGUAUCCAUGCGUCUGGGUCAAUCCAGUUACCGGCGAGAAGGCCUUUCAAGUCCAUGGUAUCGCCGCUCGGAAGCUUUUCCUCCGAUCAUCUGUAGAUGAAAAACCGAGAGUCAUCGACGACGUUGUACACAUUCGGGAGUUCCUGCAUAAUAUCCAGUCGCGCAUUCUGCGGCCCGGAUUCAUUUGGCUCCCGAGGUGGAAGAAGGCGAUAUUGUCAUGUGGGACAAUUAUGGCCUCUUCCAUACCGCAGUCGAUUAUCCACUUGAGAAAUACGGUCCCCGGACUAUGCAUCAAGCGAACAUUGGCGCCAGUAAAGGACCUGUUGGACCUGUACCGAUUCCUUCUUUUGCGUGAAAAUGAACAGUGCCCCUAG